AUGCAGGCAACGAAAGCGAACCCGACUGCAGACUGGGAGCAACUCGGGGUGAAGUUCUACCGCAAGACUCAGCUCUAUACCGCCAUAUUCGACCAGGAUGUGGACCUGGACACCUAUUUCGUCGCCGGGGCCCCAUAUGGCGGAGCUAUAGCAAUAUGUCGGGAUGAGACCAAGCUCAUGGCCUAUCGGGCCGCCAAGACCACAAAACCCAGCAUCGACAUUUACAGCUGUGCCGGAAAGCUGCUGAAAAGCAUAGCCUGGGACAAGGGCUCCAUCAAGGGUCUGGGCUGGUCUGAGGACGAGAAGUUGCUGGUCGUGAGCCGUGACGGCACCGUACGCUGUUACUAUGACCUUCAGGGGGACUUCACCCAGUUCUCUCUUGGUCGCGAGGCUGAGGACUUCGGCGUGCAUUCGUGCCGCUUCUAUGACCAUGGAAUGGUUGCCCUACUCGGCAACAAUGUCCUCAUAUCUGUCUCCUCGUAUGACGAACCGCGCCCGAAGGCACUAGCCACAGCACCAGAAGGAGAAGUCCAUGCCUGGACCAUUGUUGCGCCCAGCUUUACCCUCUCACGCUCCGUAGAGGUGCUUCUGAGUAUAGGCAGGACGAUAUAUGUAGUGGAUGCGACCGACUGCGAAGAUCGCUUUCUCGAUAUCGGUCCAUUUACCUACAUCAGCAUGUCGCCCAACGGCAAGUUUACCGCACUUUAUACAGCAGAUGGCAAAGCCCAUGUCAUCACUGCCGACUUCCAGAACAGGCUGAGCGAAUACAAUUCACGAUCUCAGAUCAAGCCUCAGUAUCUUCAAUGGUGUGGCAAUGAUGCCGUCGUUGUCGCCUGGGAAGAUGAAGUCAACGUUGUUGGUCCGAAAAAUGCCGUGGCCACUUACGUGUACGAAGGGCGGGUACACGUCAUCGCCGAUCACGACGGCGUCCGGCUCAUCAGCAACGAUGUUUGUGAUUUCAUACAAAAAGUACCUGAUGUCACCGAUGAAGUUUUCCGAUACGGGACUGAAUCACCGGCUUCCGUUCUACUGGACGCGGUGGACCAACUUGACAACCAGUCUCCCAAAGCAGACGAUAAUAUCCAGCUUAUCCGGCCGAACCUCGUUGAAGCGAUCGACACAUGCGUAGCUGCUGCUGGCCAAGAGUUUAAUGUCCAUUGGCAGAAGCAGCUACUCAAAGCAGCCUCCUUUGGCAAGUCGGUGCUGGAUAUCUAUAACAGUGACGACUUCGUUGAUAUGUGCGAGACACUGCGCGUCAUCAACGCGGUCCGCUAUUACGAGAUAGGCAUGCCCCUAUCUUACGAGCAGUAUCAACGAUUGACACCUGAGGGUUUGAUACAGAGACUCAUCAACCGCCAUGAGUAUUUGUUGGCCCUCCGUAUUGCUGGAUAUCUACGUCUGCCGACAGACCGGAUAUACGUGCACUGGGCGUCUGCCAAGGUUCGUGUCGGUGCCGAGGACGAUGAUUCCAUCUGCCGAAUGGUUGUACAGAAGCUCGCAGGCAAACCAGGCAUCUCAUUCGAGGCCAUAGCUCGCGCUGCCUAUGACGAAGGCCGUGGCCGACUCGCUACCGAACUCUUAAAUCAUGAACCGCGAGCUGGCCGACAAGUACCCCUUCUUCUCAGCAUGGAGGAAGAUGAGAUUGCACUGGAUAAGGCCAUCGAAAGCGGAGACUCGGAUCUAAUGCUAUUCGUGCUCCUUCAGCUCAAGAAGAAGCUUCCUCUCGCCUCCUUCUUCCGUGUCAUCAACGCACGGCCCGCUGCCACUGCAUUCGUGGAGGCUUCCGCGGCCUUAGAGGACGACAAUGCUCUCCUCAAAGACCUCUACUACCAAGAUGAUCGCCGGGUUGAUGGUGCUGGGGUGUUCAUCCGCGAGGCUAUCCAGCAGCCAGAUGCUCGCACAACUGGCGACAAGCUGGCGCUCGCAGCUAAGCUGCUCUCCGACUCGAAGGAGCACAACCUCGAGCUUACAGCACUGAAGGAAGCCGCAACGCUUGUGCGGAUGCAAGAGGCUCUGGAUAGGGACCUAACAGAUACCUUCACGGGCUUGAGUGUCAAUGAGACUCUAUUCAAACUGAUCCGACUAGGCUAUCAGAACAAAGCCAAGAAGGUCCAGAGCGAAUUCAAGGUGCCGGAGAUGGUAGCAUGGUGGAUACGUUUGAGAGCACUCGUCGCCAAGCGGGACUGGAACGAGAUCGAAGAUAUUGCCAAAGUCAAGAAAAGUCCCAUUGGCUGGGAGCCGUUCUACAACCAGAUCCUACAAGCAGGCAACGCGCGCCUUGCCGCGGUCUUCAUCCCGAAAUGCACGAAUCUGGAACCAGGCGCCGCCAUUACCAUGUACGAGAAGUGCGGGCUGCGCAUCAAGGCCGCUGAGGAGGCCGUCAGAGCCAAGGAUGCCGAGUCGUGGGCUCGUCUGCUCGAGGCCGCUGGCAGGACCACUCCGGAAGGGAGAGAUAUUGAGCGAUUGGGAGCGCAGGUAUUCAAGAGGUAG